AUGGAACCCAUGGAAGUUGAAGCUGUCAAGUGUGAGCCCUUCUCCGGUUCUAAACAAAAUCAAAACAUGAACCCAGAACAGGAGAAAGACCAGAACGUCCCAGUUCAGGACAGAGUUGGGGAGGAUGAAGAUGAAGAGGAGGAAGAGGAAGGAGAAAAUACUGGGGUGGACUCUGAGUCCAAAAAGAGGGAGAAUUCUGAUCCAGAAUGGAUAGAGGAGAGGUUUCGGAUUGACAGGAAGAAACUGGAGGCCAUGCUUUAUGCACCCACAGAAGGGAUAGGCUUGACUGGAGAUGAGUUCUUUAAUAAGGUAAUGAAGGAAACUAACACACAAGUGAAAUGGCCAUCAAAACUGAAGAUUGGAGCCAAGUCUAAGAAAGAUCCACAUGUAAAAGUGGAAGGAAAACGAGAGGAUGUCCUGCAGGCCAAGCACAAGAUCCUGGAGCUUUUAGAGACGAAGGUUAACAAAGUUACCCUGAAGAUGGAUGUCACUCAUACAGAACACUCCCUUGUGAUUGGUAAAGGGGGUGGAAACAUCAAAAAAGUGAUGGAGGAUACUUCAUGCCACAUUCACUUCCCCGACUCAAAUCGACACAGUGCGAGUGGAGAGAAAAGCAACCAGGUGUCUAUUGCUGGGCCUGUGCAGGGGGUGGAAGCUGCUAGAAGACACAUCAGAGACCUGCAGCCUCUAGUGUUAACCUUUGACCUGCCGCUGACCCUGGUUGGUGGGGUUGUUACAGACGCCAGUUCACCGCUGAUUCAGCACGUAGCUCAGGCGUUUGGAGUGAGCGUGACGUUCAGGACACAACCAAAACUUUACUGUUCUACCUGUGUGGUGCGAGGCCUGCAGGGAAAUUGUGCUGCUGUGAAGAAGGCUACCUGCGUCCUGAUAGAGUUGCUCCUGGGCCGGGAUGCGGCAACCAUGGUUGGAGUAACAGGGGUCAUGGUGAGCACACAGCUGGAUGUCACAUCUCAGCAGCACCUUUUUCUACUGGGUCAGAACGGUGCCAACUUCCUUAACGUCAUGCACCAAACACACACUCAGAUCGUCCUCCCUGACCUCACUGCACCCCAGCACCCACCUUCUCUACUCAUUCAGGGUACUGCUGAUGGAGUGUGCCUCGCACGCCAGCAACUCACGGAAUGCCUGCCGGUGUGUCUAAUGUUUGAGAUGAAAGAUGACGGAGAGUCGGACCCUCGCAAACUUGCCCAGAUGAUGCAGAGUCUGGGAGUCUUCAUCAGUGUCAAACCAAAGGCCAAACAGGCUGCCAAGUCGGUGGUGGUAAAGGGUUUGGAGAGGAACAUAGCCAACCUGUAUGAAGCCAGAAGACUUCUGCUAGGUCUGGACUCAAGUGAGGUCUCCAGUUCAGCAAAGAACUCAAAUGAAAUUCCUCUAGUGACAAAAUUAUCUGUUGAGCCCCUGGUGGUAAACAGUGGACUUACAAACUACUGCCUCAACAUGCUAAUGCAGCAGCUUCAAAUCACUGAAACAGGUUCAGCCACUGUCACCACGUCAGAUUCAGCUACUCCUGUCCCUGUAAAGUCACGUCCAUCUCCCCCACCUGGAUUGGCCGCCCUUCCAGAAGAAGGACGACUGGGACUAAGAGGCACAGACACUAAACUAGAGAAGAUCCUGGAGAAUGAGGAUCAGUCAACAAAUGAAGCGAGCAAAGAGUCUGAAACACAGGUCCAAGAGGUCACUGAGUUUAAAGACAUUCCUGUCAGGACUGCAUUGUCAGUCAGGAGGCACAGCCAAUCAGAGGUUACCAGAGACCAGAGCCAUGAGGCACGCCAGACACUGACACAGACCUCUCCAAGUAGUAGCAGCAGCAGCACUAGUAGUAAUAGUAGCAGAUCUGUAAGGAUGGAGGUGGAUGGUGUGUAUUAUAACAGAGACAGACGAUGCAGUCUCAGGAUCUUUCCCUCUCUGGAAACAAACUCCAAUAAUGAGAAUCAGGAAUAUGAGCGGAAGAAACUUUUAGCCAAUCAAGCCAUGCAGAAAAACCCAGUGGUGACAGAGGUUCGGACCCCCACUGACACAUGGAGUGGUCUAGGUUUCUCUAAAUCGAUGCCUGCUGAGGCCGUUAAGGAAUUACGCAGUGUGAGCCGCCGCUGCUACAAAGCCUACCUCAAUAAUCAGCAGUCAUGGAACUCUCAGAGUGGAAAAGAAAGAAUGUGUAAUGGGAGUGAUUCAGAGAACUGGAGAGAGAGACGAGGAUCCACAUCAUCUCCAGUGUCAUCAUCCUCUUCAUCCUCCCCAACCUUCUUCUCUUCCUCAUCAUCAGCCAUGACUGCGUACAGCUCCUGUUCAGGCCGCACCAAUACAGAGAAAACAUCUGAAGGUUACUUAAAUGGUAGCAGCUACAUCGAGGGUGUCUCAAGAACACAGAUCGGAAAGUCUUCCAGCCAUGCACCCCAGCAUAAAGAUAAUUUACUGGAACUACUGGUACAGCUGGGUCUGGAAAAAUAUGCCUCAGUAUUCAAGGAGCAAGAGAUUGAUUACCAAACAUUCCUCACUCUGUCUGAAGAGGACUUAAAGGAAGUGGGUGUAUCUACAUUCGGAGCCAGAAGGAAGAUGCUGCUUGUUAUUUCUGAUCUGAAUAAAAUUAAGACGAAUGUUCCUGAAACCCCUGCUGUUAAGCCCGGCUACCUAGAGGGUGGAGCCAGUGGCCGUCUUCCACGAAUCAUGGAUGAGGACAUAGCUGCUAAAAGCAUUCACUGGUGAAAAGAACUGUCCAGCUGGGCUGCGUUGUCUAUUGUACUAUGUGGUAUAGUUUGCACAUCCUGAAUGUGGUGCCACUGGCCUUUUAAAAACAAUUAAGUUAAGAAAGGACUGGUUAUUAAGAUUACAGUUUAGUAACAGAGUGGACAGAUGUGAUAUGACUCUCACAGGAAAUGUUCGAUUAUAUUUGACCUUCACUCUGGGCUGACUGCUGACAAUUAAUAUGCAAACCAAUAUGGCUUUCCUUUUUAUUUUCAUACUUGUCCCAUCUGCCUGCUCCUCUCUUGAUUUUUUGUGGGUAUAUAUCCUUACAAUUUACUAAUGAAGUCUCCAUGAUUGACAGCCAUCACCCUAAAAGACUAAGAUUUUACACAUGCCAUAAACUGCUCAUGAAAGAUCACAGAGGAUUAAUGCAAAUGAGCUCAGAAAAGAAAUUGAAAAUUAGCUGAAAUUAGCUGAUGUCACUGAUUAUUAGACAAACAGAAAUGCUGGUCAGACAUUAGUGCCAGAUAUCCUCUUGCAGACUCCUGGCAACAGAUAGCCAGCACAUUUUCAUUGUAUUUUGCACACAAUAAAGCAAAUUAUUUUUUAUUAUGGCAAAAACACUUUGUUAAGAAAUUUCAUUGUCUCUUUUAUAUGAAUGUAUUGUGAACAAAUAAAA